AACACGGAACAAAAGUGACCUCCCUCUCUCUCACACUAUCUCGAAAAAGAAGGCUGUUCUUCGUCGGUUCCCCGAACUCCAAUUCGUACAGUAGCCAUAUCUUCUCCGAACACAACAUAACACAACUCAAAAAAAAAAAAUAAAAAAAGAAGCAAUUCGCUUUCCUCAAAACCCUACCACCAAACCCCUAAUUCUUUCUUUACCUUCUCUAUCUCCCUCUCUCAUGGAUGAAGAGCUCGGCCUUGCUAUUUUCACCCGCUGUUGAUUCUUCCUGUGCCUCACCGGCAUUCUUCUCUACGAUUAUAAGCUCUAUGCCCUCUGGUUACUUCACUCUUAGAGUUCUGCAUUGUGCUUCAUUAGUUGGGCAAGCUAUUAUCAGAAUCAAUGGGCAGUGCAUUCAAUCCACAGAUUUUGGCGGAAAAGUUGGCCAAGCUCAACAGUUCACAAGCGAGUAUAGAGACUUUGUCACAUUGGUGUAUAUUCCAUAUGAAUAAAGCAAAACAAGUUGUUGAAACAUGGGAUCGGCAGUUUAAUUGUUCUCCACGUGAGCAGAGAUUGGCCUUUCUAUAUCUUGCAAAUGACAUAUUGCAGAACAGUAGGCGAAAGGGCUCAGAGUUUGUUGGUGAGUUUUGGAAGGUUCUUCCAGAUGCUCUUCGUGAUGUGAUUGAAAAUGGGGAUGGUUGCGGAAGGAAUUCUGCACUGCGACUGAUUGAUAUAUGGGAAGAAAGAAAAGUUUUUGGUUCUCGGGGGCAACUUCUUAAGGAAGGGCUUGCGGGUAGACAAAUUGAAAAUAAUAAUAGAAAUGGAAAGAAUUUGAGCUUCAAACUGAGACCAUCUGCUGGAAAUAUAUUGGAAAAAAUAGUUUCAGACUAUCAUAUCCUUUAUGGUGGCCAGUUGGAUGAAGAAGUUAUACUGAGCAAGUGUACCAAUGCCGUUAGCAGUCUUGAGAAAGUAGAUAAGGAAAUUGGUGGCGAUAUUAAUUCAGGGCAAUUCCAUGGAUCUGGUUUUGUGGAGGAGCUGCAGGGGCAGCAUGCGAUACUGAGGGACUGUAUUGAACAAUUAACAGCAGUAGAAUCAGCAAGAACAACUCUCGUGUCUCAUUUAAGAGAAGCCCUCCAGGAGCAGGAAUUCAAGAUGGGCCAAGUCCGCAAUCAACUUCAGGCCGCACAGUCCCGAUCAGAACAGGCAGGUAGUGACUGCCAACGGUUAUCAAAUAGAGACAAAGUUCAGUCACUACUUGAGCAGAACCCGAGGGAAGCUCAAACCUCCAUAGCACCUCAAAGCUUCAUACCAGGGGAUAGGGAACAAUCAGCUCCUGUAAUGUACACACGGCAGGUUUCCUUUCCUGAAAAAUCUGGCCAUGUUGAGGAAGACCCACGCAAGUCGGCCGCUGCUGCAGUGGCAGCAAAGCUAACUGCAUCGACAUCCUCAGCGCAGAUGCUCUCCUAUGUCUUAUCCUCGCUUGCAUCAGAGGGUGUCAUAGGCAAUCCAAUGAAAGAAACACCUUGUGAUUACCCCCCUGAAAAGAGGCAUAAGCUUGAAAAUGACCAAUCCUCUUACAUGCCCCCUCAAAAUCUUCAACGACCUCCAGUUCCUCCUUACCCUCAUCCUGAAUCUAUACAACAUGUCUCUACUACCACCCAACAGUUUACUCCAAAUGAGCCACCACCACCUCCCUCAACAUCUCCUCCACUUCUGCCACCACUGCCGCCUAUAGCACAAUACACAGUGCCCCAGUACAUGCACACUGCAGGAUCAAUAACUAGUGCACCAUACAGCUAUGGCAUGGCCCAACAGCAGCUGCCUUCAAUGCCGAGUUAUCUGACAGUUGGGGCUCCAGUGAAUGCUAUACCUCCCUUCAGUACACCUCCUACAAAUUCUUAUCAGGGUUUUCAGGGUUCAGAUGUUAAUAUCUAUAACCAACCAUCAUCCAUGCCAAUGUCUCCAAUUUCUCGGCAAUAGAAUUCUAAGUGCAGCGUGAAAUGAAGGUGGUUUUGCUGUGGAUUACUAGUUAUUUCAAAAGUUUUAUGAAGUUUCUCUGUCUUUGUGCACCUAAUUCGAUUUGCACAUAUCGAAUGCCUGUAACCUAUAUUUUCAAAUGCUCAUUUUAUGGAGUUAAAACGGUUUCGGUGGAUUACAGGAUUGUGGGAAAGAGGAAUUGAAUGGUAUUUAUUGACUA